AUGUCGGACUCUAACGGCUCCGUUUCCGUCGACGUUGGGACGAUCUAUCUUGGUGGCAAGGAGCAUCGUGUCAAAACUGCAUGUGGUGUUGUGUCUGUCAUUGUGUAUGGAGACAGAGAAAAGCCAGCAUUGAUUACUUAUCCCGAUCUGGCCCUUAACCAUAUGUCAUGCUUCCAAGGAUUAUUCUUCUGCCCUGAAGCAGCUUCAUUGCUGCUUCACAACUUCUGCAUUUACCACAUCAGUCCACCAGGCCAUGAGUUAGGAGCUGCUCCGAUUUGUCCCAAUGAUUCAGUCCCUUCUGCUGAUGAUUUGGCGGAUCAGAUCCUUGAAGUUCUCAACUUUUUCGGGCUUGGUUCUGUGAUGUGUAUGGGAGUGACUGCAGGUGCUUACAUACUCACCUUAUUCGCGAUGAAACAUAAAGAUCGGGUUGUCGGUUUGAUUCUUGUGUCACCGUUAUGCAAGGCGCCGUCUUGGUCUGAAUGGUUUUACAACAAGGUCAUCUCAAACUUGUUAUAUUUCUACGGAAUGUGUGCAGUGCUUAAAGAAUUUUUGCUUCAGAGAUAUUUCAGUAAGGAAGUCCGUGGUAACAUCGAGAUUCCAGAGUCAGAUAUAGCACAAGCUUGCAGAAGACUGCUUGAUGAGAGGCAAAGCGUAAACGUUAUGCGGUUUCUUGAUGCUAUUGAUCGGAGACCUGACAUCUCUAGAGGAUUGAAGAAACUAAAAUGCAGGACACUUAUUUUCAUUGGAGACCAGUCACCUUUCUACUCAGAAGCUGUUCAUAUGGCAGCAAAUUUGGAUAGAGGAUACUGUGCUUUGGUUGAGGUUCAGUCUUGUGGUUCGAUGGUAACAGAGGAGCAACCACACGCAAUGUUGAUCCCAAUGGAAUAUUUCUUGAUGGGUUAUGGAUUGUAUAGACCAUCUUGUUUCACAGAGAGUCCUAGAAGUCCUCUAAGCCCUUCUUGCAUUUCACCUGAGCUUCUCUCUCCUGAGAGCAUGGGAUUAAAGCUUAAGCCUAUCAAAACCAGAAUUUCGGCUUAA